AUGGUGCUCAAUCGAACUAAGCUACCGUGGAUGCGGGAUGAUCGCAUCAUCCUGAGUCUGACGACCGGUGCGCAUUCAGCGGACCUGGUGGUCGAAGCCUAUGGCGACCGCAGUUGGUCGCGGAAGCAUGCUCAUAAAACCCGAUGCACAGACGAGCCACCGGCUCAACACUUUAGCAAAGAUCCCUGGGAGCUUUUCCUUGGCUUCGAGAAUACGUACAACCUCAAAGUCCGCGAUCCAGUCAACUUUGUGCCGAUAUCGCAGGAGAGGAGAGAUGCUAUCGUGCAGCCAGAGCUGAAGCUAUAUGAUUUGCUUGACCGGCCCGAUGCGCAUCACAACUUCAAGCCUGGUAGCAUCCCGGACUCGUUGUAUCAGAUUCAUACAAUCGGCAAGCAUGCAUUCGACAUUCAGCGAUCGAAGAAUUUGCUUCGGCAGUUCCUCGACCUUGCUGGCUUCUCAUGCUUCCGUUAUCGCUACAACUACGAGAGUGUUACUAUCUCCAUGGGCAUAGAGUUGGCGCAGUAUGUCGAUACGACCAUCAUUGGCGACGAUGUACCACCGCAUAAUGCUCGCUUGAAUCAUCGCUUCUUCAUCAUUGACGCGGUACCGACUGAUACACUGACAAAGGACAUGGAAGCUCGCAUAGCAGGGAAGGCCUUGAUCACCAGUCUCUUCAAAUACAUGGCUGGCGUAUCUCGGACAAGUGAAAUUGAGGUGUUCAUCUUUGUUGGCCGUGGCACGCGAACGCGUUUCUAUCGGAUUGUCUUUGAGCCAGAGUACUUGAGCGACAUCAGUAAAGGACUGGAGCCGCUCAAGGGCUCUGCUUUAUGGCACGAUACGGAUGAGCUCGAGCUUAUGAAGAAGGAGGAUCGUGUCAAGCUGGUCGAUAAGUUUGAGCACAUUCGUAAGGCAAUGCAUAGCGAGGAACGAUGGAACAUGAUUCAUGAAGCGAUGACUGCUCAAAUCUUCGCGUCGCGCAAGAAAACAAAAACAAAGAGCAUCAGGAACAACAACACAACAAGCAGCCUGAAUUCCGAUCGAUUGAAGAAAAGCAUGGCUGGUCUCAAUGGCCUUAUAGACUUCAACACACUAGAAGCACAAAAGGAAAAUAUCGAGCCGAUACGGCAAGGCAGAUCUGCGCAAGCACUCGCCAAGGCCUUUGCGAUCAGUCCAGUAGUAGCAAACGAGGCCAAUGAAGCGAAACAAGCUGCAUUUGAGGAAGAGUUGAAAUCAUCACAUGAGCUAGAUGACCCGCUCGAAGUUUGGAUACGCUAUCUCGCUUGGACCAAUGAGGCCUUUCCUACCGGCCAAAAUGCGCAAAGCGGCUACAUCGAGCUUCUUGAAAGAUGUUCAAAGCAAUUUGUACGGAGUGCGCAUUAUGCAAACGAUCCUCGAUAUCUGAAGCUUUGGAUUGAGUAUGCGCGAUUCAGUGACGACCCGCGCGAGCUAUUCUGCUUUCUGGCGCGCAACGAGAUUGGCCAGCAGCUGGCGACAUUUUAUGAAGAGUACGCGGCAUGGCUGGAGACGAUGGGCCGUAAAGGACAAGCAGAUGAAGUCUAUCAAAUGGGCCUCAUGGCUGGUGCGAGACCAGUGAGUCGACUACGACGCAAGUUUGAUGAGUUUUCUGCAAGAUUGGCGGCGAAUCCGCCUCGAGGUGAUGAUCCAAGUAGUCCGCCGAUUGCACCUGUUCGUGCUGCGUUGUCUACGAAGCUCGGCGGAGUGACUGAAGCGCAAGGUGCUGCAUUCGUCAAGAGCGGUAAGCCAAAAUUGAUGAUCUUCACUGAUGAGGAGGUUGCAUCAGCUCCGGUAGGAUCUGGUGGAUGGGGAAGCAUUGGCACUCUACGUGAUCGCAAAAAGGAGAACACCGUCGAGGUGCGUUCAAUGCAGGGCGAGAAGCUGCAGCAGCGCGGUGGCCUUGCUCCAGCGCAAGAAAAGCUUGCCAUCUUUGUGGAUCCAGCGGUACUGCCAAAGAAGGCAGAGCGCGUUGCCUGUGACUUGGAAGCAGUGUAUGCUGUUGAAGGCCAGGAGAUGAGUUUUGAAGAACUGAAAGCGCAAGGCAUGGGCUUGCUCAAUCAUGUUUGGCCCUCAGAAGAACUUGUUGUUGAGUCCGCCCACGAAGAUGUAUAUGUUUCUGUGAUGGAUGCAGACUCGCCCAUCAAGGACGGUGCGCGCAGUGGCAAGAUGAAGCAGCUGGCAUCUCCCACCAUCAAUACAAAGGCUGCCAUGGACGACAUCUUGGAUCUAUUCAGUAAACCACUCAAGUGCGAGCAAUCAGAUGCCAGCUCAGAUUCGGAAGAGGACGAGGAUGACUUUGAGCCGACCAACACAUUUCAAGGUCAUGCAGAGGGUUGGACACUUCAAGCAACGGAGCUCGUCGCUGACACACAGUAUGAGUCUGAUAAUUCCUCAGAUGAGGAGAGUGAACCUGAUCUGCCUGUCGUGAGCGAGAGUGACGAGGAUGAAGCCGAAGAGCUGUCUUCAGAUGAUCUCGUUGCUGCUUUGCCUGCACUACAAGUGCGCCAAGAAGAGAAGCAUGGGGACGAGCCUGAAAAUGCUUUACCUGCGGUUCCAGCGACACCUCAACCGGAAGCCAAGCGAAUCAAUGGUAUGAAUCUCAUGACACCAAUUACCGAGGACACUGAGCAUUUGCUAUUGUCUGUUGUCAAGCCUCGACCAUUGGCUAUUGCAGAGGAGGAGUCAGACGAGGCUACUGAGCAUAUCGACUCACUCUACAGCUCGCCUUUUAUUGAGAAUCCCGAGCCACGGCCAGCAAUCACGAAGGAAGCCCCACCGAAACGUCCGGCCUUGGCAGAGAAGCUCAAGGCUCGAGCUGCUCCCGUGCAGGCAGAACAACCUGAGCAUGAGAUCCCUCGUGGUCCCGUCAAGGGCCCUCUUGUACAAGAAAUGCUUUGCAAUCCUAUGGACGCUUCUGUCAGGAAUCAAAUAUUUCGCUGCAUGUUUCCGCAACUUGGGUCAUUUGCAGGGUGCAAGCUGAAUGUGCAAGAAGCCUAUGGCAAAAAGUUUGAUGCCAUUGAAAAGUACAUUCGAGCACUCAACAAGCGUGGAGCUGGCGAAGCGACGCAGCACCUUGAAGUGAUCCUCGACUUUGACUCACGGUAUGCCAUCAAACGAAAGCUGGGUGAAGGUGCCUUUGCACCGGUCUUCUUGGUUGAGAAUAUCUCUGGAGUCGCAACGGGCAGUUUGCGUCGCAAGUUGGAGGCGUGCAAGAUUGAGCGGCCAGGAAGUGCCUGGGAAUUUUACAUCAUGCGACAAGCUGAGCGUCGUUUGGGCGUCAGUCGAGCCUCGCAAUCUGUGGCGCGUGCACACGAGUACUAUCAGUUUCAGGAUACGUCCUUCUUGCUGAUCGACUUCAAGGAUCAAGGCACUAUUCUUGACCUUGUCAACAGCGCUCGCUCUGAGGCAGGUGGCGUGGAUGAGGUACUAGCCAUGUUCUUGGCGGUCGAGUUGCUUCGUGUGGUAGAGCAAUUGCAUGCAAAGGGACUCUUGCACGGAGAUCUGAAGGCUGACAACUGUCUGUUGCGCUUUGACUCUGUUGCAGAACAAGCUUGGUCGGCUGCCUAUAAGCGCGAUGGAUCAGAUGGCUGGGAGAGCAAAGGCAUCUCGCUCAUUGACUUUGGCCGUGGCAUUGACAUGAAGGUGUUUAAAGAAGGUGUUCAGUUUAUGGCCGAUUGGAAGACGGAUGAGCAAGAUUGUGUCGAGAUGCGGGAAGCACGGCCAUGGACCUAUCAGGUCGACUACCACGGACUUGCCGGUAUUCUUCACUCGCUCUUGUUUGGCAAAUACAUCGAAACGUCGGUUGAAGCUACUGGACUAGGUAAGAAGCGUUACACGCUCAAGAACACAUUCAAGCGGUACUGGAAGCAAGCACUCUGGGAGCCGUGUUUCAACAUGCUGCUAAAUCCGCAACGGCACGCAACGCUCGGUGAAUUGCCCAUCAACGACAAGCUGCGAGAGGUGCGCGAACAGAUGGAGGACUGGCUCGAAGCCAACGCUGAGAAAGGCAUUGGGCUGAAGGCUAUGAUACGGAAGCUGGAGGCAGACUUGCUGGUGUCUAGGAAGCGGUAGUAGCAUAUGUUCCAUCCAAUAUGUAGAUGAAGCCUUUUG